AUGCCUCCUAAGGGUGGAAUCGCUAAACGGGAGCCCCGGCGUCGCAAGAUUGCCUUGGCCUGCGAGUCAUGUCGGGAUAAGAAGGUCAGGUGCGAUGGUAUAAAGCCAAUUUGUGGCCCAUGCACUCGACGCUCGUAUACCGUUGGCCAAUGUGUAUACAAGCUGGAUAAUGCGAGAUCUGCUAGUAAUGAUGAAUACCUGAAGAUUCUCCAUAAUCGAAUUCGAGAGCUUGAAGAGAUAUGUGCGAAAGGUGGAGUUGCUGUGCCACCUGGGCCUUCACAACAUGAAGACUCCAGGGUAUCUGGAAGUCAAAGUCAUAUCGGUGGAGCUAUGGGUCUAGAUCAUCUGGACGCAGAAUCUAGGACAUCUGUUGCUGCAGAAGGAUUACUAGGACUGGGUUCCACCCCUGUACCAUCUGGAUCAACUCCCCUAUCUUCAACACCUGCUUUUCAGCCGCCAAGAUUUCCCACGCAGAGAAAUUGGCCGGAAUCUGAACACUACAGAUCUCCACGUGUCACACAUCUGUCCCCUGAAUCUGCCCACCCACGAGCAGGCAGUAUCUAUCCUUCACCAUCUCUCAACUCCCACGGUAAUGUCACCGCCAUGGGUGCAAUAUCUGUCGCAGAAGACGACCCAAGCACGGACUCCCCACAGGAGCAGCAAUACUAUGGAAACUCUUCAGUGGCCUCUUUUAUGCGUCUUGCAGGAGAGUCGAUGCCUUUGCAGUCGUACAUGUCAGCUUUGCGGGGCAGCAAGGGUGAAUCGUCAAGAUCCCAGGGCCCUGAUACGGAGAUUUGGCGAGAUCUAGGCCAUCCCUCGGUAGAUCUUCGGUUCGACGACUUCUCCUUGCCGCCUCGAUCUCUAGCAGACCACCUUCUUGAGUGUUACUGGGACAGAGUACAUUGUCUGUUCCCAUUUUUCCAUCGCCCCAGUUUUGAGCAAGCGUAUGAAAAUCUCUGGGGGUCGGACAAAGCAACCAAGCCUGAGUUGCCACAGCUUAAUAUUGGGCUUGGAGGCGCAUUUGAUUGCGGUCCUAAUUCAAUUGUCUUCCAUUGCGCACUCAAUUGCAUCUUUGCCCUUGGCUGUUAUUUCUCUGAUAUUCAGCCUGCGGACCGGGAGGCCGCGGUUUACUCAUUUUUCCUUCGAGCAAAGCGAUUUGUCAAUCUUGACCUUCUGGAUAUAGGCACAAUCGGCGUAGUUCAAACGCUUCUGAUUGUUUCACUUCUUCUCCAAAGCACCCCUUAUCCGAUUCGGUGCUGGAAUGCAAUCGGACUGGCAUGUCGAGUUGCCCAAGGACUCGGGUUGCACGAGACAACCACGCACGCCUCGAACAAACCUCUGGAGACAGAAAUACGAAGGCGUACGUGGUAUAGCUGCGUCAUUAUGGACAUGUUGGUGCAAUCGCUUUUCUAA